GUAAUAGGCCAUGUUUCUGAUAAAAGCAUCAUGAAUUUGUCUAAUAUUAUUAUUAUUGUAUUUAUUUAUUUAUUUUGCGACCAGAGUCUGCAGCAGGUUCUCCAAGAAACCUGGAAAAACUUACCAACUUAUUUCCUCAGACAACCCCAUGACAGUGUAUUUUAAAUGCAAAGACGUAAUGCUUCCCUAUCUGAAAUCUAAGCAAAGAAUCUGUUCAUUACCCCUUGAAUCAUUCUUCCUUUCAUCAUAAAAGAAGUCAAACCCCGUUGAGCCCCAUCUUCAACUAAAUAUAAAUUUCAAUUGGAGUUCCACAGCAGGCUUUUUUUUUUUUUUGCAUUAGAACAUUGGUACUGAUGGUGGAUGUGUAUUCUAAUGGCAUUUAAACCAGAAGUUGCUUAAACAACUUGUUUAACAUUGCUGGAGGUAAACUUAAAGUAGCCGGGGGAUGACAUGCGCAGUUGGAUAUGACUCUGCCCGCCUUCUACUCUUUUGACUAACAUCUGUGCAGGGGUGUGUAGGGUUAUUAUGCUAUCCUGGCCACGUCAUUUGUUCCCAAGCUGUUGCUUGGCCUGAAUCAUGUUUUAGAGGCCCCUUUACAAAGGGGGAAAUAAGCUACGGCUGAAUGGAGACUCUGCAGUAUGACGGGGGUAGGGCUGGUUCUAUUGAAUGUCCUUACAGACAGGGGUAGGGCCCGGGGAGCCGAGGGAGGGGAUUAUGGUAAUGGAGCGCACUGAGAGGAAGUGAGCAAAGAGCAGAGGAAUGCACUUGGAAGUUGCAAGCUUCAGCUGAGAGUCCAACGUUAUCUUUCCCAAAAGACAAGACAGGCCUAGAUAAAGCUGCUAGGCGAAUGAAAACAUGCCCCAUUUUACUGUGGUUCCCGUGGACGAUAACUCACAGUCCAACUAUGACAGCCUGGAGGGAAUUAGCUGUGUGGAUUACAGAGACACAGGGCAAGAUGGGUACCCUGGACACGGAGACACCGUCAGCUCUGAUGGGCAUGGCAAUCACAAAGAAGAUGUUCCCUUCCUCAACAGUACAGAUUCAGCAGCAAAGCGGAAUGACUAUUAUGACAAGAACUUGGCAUUGUUUGAGGAAGAAUUGGACAUCCGGCCCAAGGUCUCUUCCCUCCUCAGCCGCCUGGUCAACUAUACAAACAUUACUCAAGGGGCAAAGGAGCAUGAAGAGGCAGAAAGUGCUGAUGCUUCAAAGAAGAAAAUGCCAAAGUCUCCAAACAUGGGCACACUGAUGGGAGUUUACCUGCCGUGUCUGCAGAACAUAUUUGGCGUUAUCCUUUUCCUGCGUCUAACCUGGAUUGUCGGCACAGCCGGAGUCGUGCAGUCUUUCCUCAUUGUCUUCAUGUGCUGCUCUUGUACAAUGCUCACAGCGAUUUCAAUGAGUGCCAUUGCUACCAAUGGCGUUGUCCCAGCUGGUGGUGCAUACUUUAUGAUUUCACGCUCUCUGGGUCCUGAGUUUGGGGGUGCAGUGGGGCUUUGUUUCUAUCUGGGAACAACCUUCGCUGCUGCCAUGUACAUCCUGGGUGCCAUAGAAAUAUUUCUUAAAUAUCUGGUGCCGCAAGCAGCCAUAUUUCAUGCCACUGAUGUCCAUGCAGAAAACAGCGUCAUGCUGAACAACAUGAGAGUUUAUGGCAGCAUCUGCCUCAGUCUCAUGGCUGUCGUGGUGUUUGUUGGAGUAAAAUAUGUGAACAAGUUUGCCUCACUUUUCCUCGCCUGUGUCAUCAUUUCCAUUGUUUCCAUCUAUGGUGGGGCAGUGAAAUCCAUCUUCCAGCCCCCGGAGUUCCCGAUUUGUAUGCUGGGGAACAGGACGCUGGUGCGUGAUCUUUUCGAUGUAUGUGCAAAGACCGUACUUGUAGGGAAUGAGACUACUCCCAGUAAGCUGUGGAGUAACUUCUGUAGUUCAGAGAAUGGCAGCAGUUUUCACUGCGAUGAGUACUUUGCCCAGAACAAUGUGACCGAAAUUCAGGGAAUUCCUGGACUGGCCAGCGGAAUUAUCCGAGAGAACAUGUGGGGUGAUUACAUGGAGAAAGGGCAGAUUCUGGAGAAACCCAGUUUGUCCUCUGAAGAUGUCCACGGUUCUAUGGAGUCCUUCAGAUAUUACGUAUCUGCAGACAUUGCCACAUCCUUCACCCUCCUUGUGGGAAUAUUUUUUCCUUCAGCCACAGGCAUUAUGGCUGGAUCAAACAGAUCAGGAGAUUUGAGGGACGCUCAGAAAUCUAUUCCUGUAGGGACAAUAUUGGCCAUUACCACCACCUCCCUUGUCUAUUUCAGUUCAGUGGUCUUGUUUGGGGCCUGUAUUGAAGGAGUGGUUCUCAGAGACAAAUUUGGAGAUGCAGUUAGUAAAAACCUGGUAGUUGGCACGCUCUCCUGGCCCUCGCCUUGGGUCAUUGUGAUUGGCUCGUUCUUCUCUACGGUAGGGGCAGGGCUCCAGUCGCUAACUGGAGCGCCCCGUCUCUUGCAAGCUAUUGCAAAAGACAACAUCAUUCCUUUCCUCAGAGUGUUUGGACAUGGUAAAGCCAAUGGGGAGCCUACAUGGGCCUUGCUGCUCACUGCACUUAUAGCUGAGCUGGGCAUUUUAAUCGCAUCACUGGAUUUGGUGGCUCCCAUUCUCUCCAUGUUUUUCUUGAUGUGUUACCUGUUUGUAAAUUUGGCUUGUGCUGUACAAACUCUCCUGAGAACCCCAAACUGGAGGCCACGGUUCAGAUACUAUCACUGGGCGCUGUCUUUCCUAGGAAUGAGUAUGUGUCUGGCUCUAAUGUUCAUCUCGUCCUGGUAUUAUGCCAUCGUAGCCAUGUGCAUCGCUGGCAUGAUCUACAAAUACAUUGAAUACCAGGGAGCGGAGAAGGAAUGGGGAGAUGGGAUUCGGGGUCUGUCACUCAGUGCUGCUCGAUAUGCUCUGCUUCGUUUGGAAGCCGGACCACCUCACACCAAAAACUGGAGACCACAGCUGCUUGUGCUGCUGAAGCUGGAUGAAGAUUUGCAUGUCAAAUAUCCCAGAAUGCUGACCUUUGCGUCACAACUAAAAGCUGGAAAGGGCCUGACGAUUGUGGGAUCAGUAAUCCAGGGCAACUUCCUGGACAGCUAUGGUGAAGCUCAGGCCUCGGAACAGGCCAUAAAGAACAUGAUGGAAAUAGAGAGAGUAAAGGGAUUCUGCCAGGUGGUGGUGGCCUCAAAGGUGCGCGAAGGAAUUACCCAUCUUAUUCAGUCAUGUGGGUUGGGUGGGAUGAAGCACAACACAGUAGUUAUGGGUUGGCCUUAUGGCUGGAGACAAAGCGAGGAUCCUCGAGCAUGGAAAACUUUCAUUAAUACAGUUCGGUGUACCACGGCUGCCCACCUGGCGCUGAUGGUGCCAAAGAAUGUGUCGUUCUACCCCAGCAAUCAUGAGCGCUUCACUGACGGACACAUCGACGUAUGGUGGAUAGUCCAUGAUGGGGGAAUGCUCAUGCUGUUACCCUUCCUUCUCAAACAGCACAAGGUAUGGCGCAAGUGUAAGAUGCGUAUUUUCACUGUAGCCCAGAUGGAUGAUAACAGUAUUCAGAUGAAGAAGGAUCUGGCAACCUUCCUAUACCAGCUCAGAUUGGAAGCAGAGGUUGAGGUGGUGGAAAUGCAUGAUAGUGAUAUCUCUGCAUACACCUAUGAGAGGACACUAAUGAUGGAGCAGAGGUCUCAGAUGCUGAGGCAGAUGAGACUCUCCACAGCUGAGAGGAACCGAGAGGCCCAGCUAGUGAAAGACAGACACUCAUUGGUGCGAAUGGGCAGUUUGUACUCUGAUGAAGAAGAGGAACCUCUAGAUAUAAUGCCUGAGAAGAUCCAGAUGACGUGGACCAAAGAUAAGCUGGACACAGAGAGACGAAACCGCAACAACGCUCCAGAAAACUUCAGAGAACUCAUUAGUCUUAAGCCAGAUCAGUCUAAUGUGAGACGGAUGCACACAGCAGUGAAGCUCAACGAAGUCAUUGUGAACAAGUCCCAUGAUGCCAGGCUGGUGCUGCUCAACAUGCCUGGGCCUCCUCGCAAUCCUGAUGGAGAUGAGAACUAUAUGGAGUUCCUGGAGGUGUUGACAGAAGGUCUUGAGAGAGUGCUGCUUGUAAGGGGUGGCGGUCGUGAGGUCAUUACCAUCUACUCAUAACAUGCCAGAUUUUCCCUUGAAAGACUAAUUGGGGGCUAUGUAGAAUAAUAAAUGCUAUCUAAAUUUGAAUUUAGAUAUAAAGUAUCAAUAUUUAGUGAGAGACAUUUAUAUCUCACAGAAUUUCAGUUGCGAUCCAUUCUAAAUGAAUGCCCAUAUGGCAUUCUCUGGCUGCAGACUUGCAAGUAUUUAAGCAUUAGGAGACAUGGCUCAUGUUCGGGAAUGAUCUACAUCUGCACUAAAGCAUGUUUCAGCUGAUAAGAAACCAGCUUUGUUUACUUGAAAGACUGAAGUCAGCUCAUCUUCUACUCAUUAGAAACUCAUUAAACUAUUUGUAGUUAAAUACUGUGGCAAAGAAUCCACAUUAAACAGGAAGUUCUAUCAGUCUGGACAGGGAAAUAAAAUUGCAUCCACAUAAGUCUGCUGUUUUGAGAAGUGUUACUGUAUAUAACGUUACAUUAAUUCAGAGCAUCUGCAGACACAUCAGUACAUGUGUUUCUGCAAGAUUCUUUCUGACCAGCUUCAGUCCAAACACAAAUUCUACUUGUAGUUUGAAAAGUGGUGAUUUUUAUUUUAUUUAUUUCCUUAUUUAUUUGCUUUUACUCCCCAUUCGCUUAAGAGCAGCAGGAUGUAGAUAAUGGUCAAAGAAAGAGCAUUGAGUUUGUUCAUGAUUUUGGGUCGAAACAUGAAAUGAUUUUAUAACUUAUGACUUUUUGUACUGAAUUUCAAAGACAUUUUAGGUUAAACUUUUGUAAAUGAAAAGAAGGCAUGUUUUUCAUACUUAGGCAUCCACACAACUCACAAUGACAGCUGUGAAAAAAUGAAAAUGAAAAUGAAAAAAUAAAUCAAUCAAUCUCAAAUUCAACUGAGUUAGCAUGUGUUAAUGCUUGAUUUGCUUGUGUUCAUGCAAACCUAGUCAAGCCGAAUUACUCACAAACCCGAGACUCGUGAGUCACCAACUAACAAGUAUAUACGAGACAUGUUUAUACAUCAUGUACAGGGCCCGCUUUUUACUGUAUUAGUCUCAAAUCAUAAAUUAAAUCCAUCUUAUAGAUAAAUUUUAAAGGAGCAGCCAUUAAACGCACACGAAACAAUACUACAAGAAAGUCUGCAAAAUAAAACAUGACAGAUUACACUUUUAUAAAAUAACAAAUCAACAGUAGGGUGAUGUAAUGCAGCCCAGCAUGAAGCAUAAUCACUGUUACCACCCUGAAGUGGACUGUUUUCCUAUUGCAGCACGUCCUGUAGUACUUUGUCCUUCUUAUGCCACAGCAAUUUGUCAAUGAUUACAAUUUUAAAUGUAUUAAUGAAUGACAUAUUGUAGGUCAUUAUACAUAUAUGUUCGUUACACUUAAUGCAUGACAAGCUGUUACCACAUACAUUAGAGCAACUAUAAUCUUUCCGUCUAAACUAUACUCUGUCCAUCACCACCCUCUUUUUUUCUGUCUCUUAAAGUUAAUAAAACAAAAACAAAUGGAGCUCGUCAAGUUCUCGAGAAACUAGAAGGCGCAAAGUCCUCUGUCCUGAAGUCUUUCCUGUGGCAGAAAACAAAGUCCUGACACUGGAGACUCCUUCCAUGAAUGUUAAAUAAACAUCUCAUAGAAAACAUCAUCAUACCAAUGAUUAGAUUUUUCUUUGUUAAAUAAUGACACCUUUCCCCCAUUUUAUUUGUUUAUUAUUAGGUUUAGGUUAUGUGCUAAAGUGCCUUAAAACUGCCUAUUGUUUAAUGAGUUAUACAUGAAUAGUAGGAAAAACACAAAUGUAAUAUAAAUAAUGAAAAUAGUAUGCAUUUAACAUAAUGAUAUUAUACGUAAUGUAAAUAAUAAUAAAAAAAAAAAGUAACAGACAGUGAAAUGCUUUAAUAUGAAAUACAAAACAUGCAAAUAUUAAAUCAUAAUAACUGACCAGGCUUUUACCCAAUUUUACAACAAUUAUGGCAUU